AUGAACACCCCACGCCGUCAUCGAUGCGUGACAGCAACAGCGCUGCUUGCAGCCGUCCUCUCUGUAGCACCGGCGUUCUACCUCCCGGGUAUCGCCUCCAUUAACUAUGAGGAAGGUGAGAAGCUCGACGUGAUGGCGAACAAACUCACCUCACCGAAGAACAAGCUACCAUACGACUACUAUUCGCUGCCGUUCUGCGGCUCCGACAACAAGAAGGACCAUCGUUCCAAGCCUGUCAAUCUGGGCCAGGUCCUUAUGGGCGAUCGCAUGAAGCCCACGGAUUACGACUUUCGCAUGAAGACGCCAAUGCAAUGUAAGGUACUCUGCGAGCGCAAGUUCACGGCCGAGCAGAUCCGUUUGCUACGCACGAGAAUCGUCCAGGAGUAUGCUGUCAGACUCAAUUUGGACAACAUGCCUGUGGUUAUCAAGGGACAUACGAGAGCUCAUCGCCCUGCGUUUAGAUUUGGAUAUGAUAUUGGACGAUCCGAGUCGGAUGGCAAGCUCUUUAUCAACAACCAUCUCAAGUUUAAAGUUUUGUUUAACAAUCCCAAGGCAUCGGGCUCUGGUUUCGAAUCGGUCCCUGAUAUUGAUGCCGUUUCUUCUGAAGGGUAUCGCGUUGUUGGUUUUGAGGUUGAACCGUACAGCAUCAAGCAUGUAGUCGCAGAUUCCAAGCCUACCAAGGAAAGCUGCCCGGUUUCUGAUGCAAUGGAACCCAUGGAGAUCACCCCUGAUACACCUGUUCUUUUCACAUAUGACGUCGAUUUCAUUGAAUCCUCGCACCGAUGGGCUACUCGUUGGGACAACCUCCUUGAAGCCAAUCCUGAGCUGAAGCAGAUUCAAUGGUUUUCCAUCGUCAACUCCCUCAUGAUCUCACUUUUCCUCACUGCCCUCGUCGGUACUGUCAUGCUGCGAACGGUGUUACGUGACUUCUCCAGAUACAACGCGUUAGAAGAGGAGGAUGAAGAGGAUGUCACCGGCUGGAAAUUGGUCCACGGUGAUGUCUUCCGUACACCCAAGUACCCCGUCCUUUUAUCUAUCUUUUGCGGUUCGGGCUCUCAGACCCUUUGGAUGUCUACUAUUCUGCUUCUUUUCGCGCUUUUGGGCUUCCUUUCACCUGCAUACCGCGGCGGUCUCAUCACCACUAUGCUCUCGCUCUGGGUUCUCGCUUCCUCCAUUUGCGGAUAUUCUUCUGCGCGUGUUUAUGCGUCCUUUGAGAACGGUCAGAGCAGGAAGCUUGUGACUCUCGGCUCAGCUUUCUUGUUCCCAAGUCUUGCGUUCACGUUAUUUUUUGUGCUAAACCUCUUUGUGUGGGGAUCAGGUUCAUCAGGGGCAGUGCCGUUUACGACCCUUCUGGUCCUCCUGUUCAUGUGGUUUGGUAUCUCCGUCCCAUUGGUAUUUGCUGGUGCCUACAUCGGGUACAAGACCAAGCCUUAUGAGUUCCCGACUCGUACGAACCAGAUUCCGCGACAAAUUCCUGCAUCACCGCUGAACAUUCCGCAAGCAGCGUAUGUUGUUCUUGCUGGUGUUCUUCCGUUCGGAACAGUGUUCAUGGAACUCGUCUUCAUUCUCAAUUCAAUUUGGCAGAAUCAAAUUUUGUACCUGUUUGGAAUGCUUUCCAUUGUUUUCGCCAUUCUUGUCGUCACAUGCGCGGAAAUGAGCAUUGUGUUUACUUACCUUACCCUUGCCGCAGAGCGGUGGACGUGGUGGUGGCAAGCAUUCGGUGGAUCUGCAUCUGCUGGCAUGUACAUGUUUUUGUACAGUCUCUACUACAUUGGUUCCCAAGCCGCGCAAGAUCACAUGCCACUUGUGAGCACAAUGAUGUUUGUUACUUACAGUCUUGUCGUAAGUGUGGCCUUCGCGUUAAUGUGUGGUGCAGUUGGGUUCUUUUCUUCGUUCUGGUUUGUGAGGAAGAUCUACUCCAACAUUAGGGUCGAUUAG